AUGCAGCUCUCUACUCAUCCGUUUAGCCUUGACUUCGCGUCGCCAGUGACGUACGCUCUUUCGGCCCCGGCUGUUGAGUUUCGCGUGCGCCUUCCGAUCCCAACUUUGGUUGUUCCAUUGUCGGUUGCGUGAGUGCACGGCACCUCUCACCACGAAAUGGCUCGCGACACUCUGACACAUGUCAACGGAAGGUCUGACAGAUGUCAUGAGGUUGGGAUUGUGCGUCUGUCCUGCAUUGCAGUACUCGUCUCCGUCUGCUUUGGAAUCCGGCCAUCGACCCUUAGCGGACCCGCCAAAACUUACCCCCAUCAUGAAGAGUCAUAACGUGGAAACUCCGACUACAUAUACACAUCGAUCUCCGGCAAACGAUAUGGAAUAUCUCUCGAGGCCCCGAAGCAUCAUUCCGAGGACAUCGUGAGACUACUCGCAGCAUUUCCAUUCCACCACCAACAUGGCAACAUCAUAUCCAGCAGUAAAAGUCAUCAUCGUCCCCGGACCGUCCAUCUCCGAGCAAGAAUGGUGGCCACAAGUCCACGCCCUCGUAAACGGCGCCUACGAGUUCAAAGACCUCUCCAUGUUCCCCCCAACCUGGUACCGCCUCAACCUCGAUCCCAUCAAAGGCGCCAAAGGUCUAGCAGCGGAACUCGGCAACGAAGGACAUCUAGCCGUCGCCUUCGAUCACGCCCAGCAGCCCAUCGCCUGCGGCGGCAUGCUGCCCUUCCGCGGGGAGAAAUGGAUCCAGAGCGCGUUUGAGAAGAAGUCCGACGCGGAGAUUGCAAACGGUGCUCGGCCCGCGACGGUGUUGCCCUCGGAUUGGGAAACGUGCUGCUGGUGUGUUGGCCCCUCCGCACGUGGCCAGGGGCUGAGUCGGCGCAUCUUGCAGGAAGUCAUCGACUUCCUGAAGCCUAGAGGCGCCCAACGACUCUAUUCCAAUUAUGUCAUGGCCGAGACGGGGGAUUUCUGGCCCAAGCUGGGUUUUGUAUCCGUUCCUGGAGCCGGAGGCAUGCUGCCGAAAGGCUGGCAGAAGAACCCGGCGGAGGAGGGCCUUAGGGCGGACAUCCAUUUUGGGCUGGGCGUACUGGCUUUGUGACGGACACGAUGUCUUCAGAGUCGGCUUGUGUAGAUGAAUAUCGGUAAGUCAGUGUGCUCUUUCUGAAGAUGUUAUGUGAUGACAAGAGCUGGGGCCAUAAGAUGUUCAGCCGCUGUUUGCUGGUCGGAUCUGCUUACAAGCCAGCGUAUUCAUAUCUUCUCAACUUCGUCUGAUUUCUCUCAAGCAAAACAUGUUGGCAAGCGAAUUCAUUGACUCGAUCGUCGCUAAUGGACUGCAGUAGAGAAUAGAUCCACCACGGCUAGAUGGACGUCGAAUCCACAGCUCCAAUUUCCAGCCACUCACUGAGAAUGAG